AAAUCAUUAUCUGUGUAAUUGUGAAUAUACAUAAAUAUGCUGCAUCAGCGGUACGUAUAAUGUGCAAAGUUUUGCGCAAUGUACGACAUUAGAAUAACACAUUCUGUACGGUACGCGGCGCUGUAAUCGAACAUUGUGAUUAUUAUUCAAAUUUGACAGACUCACCAAGUUCUGUAACAAAAGGAAUAUGAAUGUUAUCCACUACGCAGCAACUCAUAGAUAUUAAAAGACUCGCUAAGAAGAUAGGCUCUACCUUAUUGGGAGCUGCAAUACAUAAUAGAACCAGUUCUAUGGCUGCUCAAAAGCUGGUGUAUCCUGCAGCAGACCGCAACAAGGAACCUAUUUUAUCUGUAUUAAGACAAUACAUUCGAAGAGGAUCGAAUCAAAGUUUUUUAGAAAUUGCUUCCGGUUCCGGUCAACAUGUCGCAUACUUUGCACCGCACUUUCCACAAGUAACAUUUUAUCCAUCCGAAUACGAUGUUAAAUUACUUGAAAGUAUCUCAGCUCAUUCCAAUGGUAUGCCUAAUAUUGAACCACCAAUUAAAAUCGAUAUCACAAAAGAGUUAUAUACCUGGGGAAAUGGAACAUUUAAAGAAAAUAGUUUUGAUUAUAUUUACAAUGCAAAUAUGAUGCAUAUUAUGCCUUAUGCAGGUACCAUUGGCCUUUUUGAAAAUUCUGGAAAACUUUUGAAAUCCGAUGGGUUACUGUUUACUUAUGGUCCUUAUGCAAUCAAUGGGAAAAUUACACCCGAAAGUAAUGUUAAUUUUGACAAAACUUUGAAAAUGCAAGAUCCUGAAUGGGGUCUGCGAGAUGUUAAGCAAUUGGAAAAAUUGGCCAAAGAAAAUGGAAUACAGUUGGUAGAGAUGGUAGAUAUGCCUGCUAAUAAUAAGACCAUUAUUUGGAAAAAAUAUUGAUUUAUCAUUGAUGAUUCUGAGGAUAUGCAACUUGAAAUUAUUAAUUUUGUUCUUCAACAAUUUAGAAGCUUGAGCAUUGACAUGCAUAAUAUAUUUAUAAAAAGAAUAUUAAUCAGUAUUUAAAGAUAAAAAGAAAACUUCAAUUAUAUUUAUUCCUGAUGUCGCACAUCUUUUACAUCACGCGUAGGUCACACAUACUUAAUCAGACAUAAAUUGCAAUGUAACUUUGUAACGGGUAGAGAUUUUUAAACUUAAUUAUAAAGAAACCAAAAUUUCGUAGUAUAAAGAGCAUGUCUAAAAUGAAAUGUAGUAAAAAAAAUCAUUUAUUCCAAAGUUUCAUACUUCAGAAGAAAACGUCUCACGGAGAAAAACCGAAAAAUUAGGGAACCGUAUGUGUCACUUAAGAACAUAUGUAAUAGUUUAAGGAGAACAUUAUUUUAAUUGUAAUUGUAUAUAAUCAAAAUUAUGUAUUUUAAGUAUACUCCUUUGCAAUAAUAAAAAUUAUAUACUCUUUUUAAA